UUCUGACUGUAUGUUACCCGCGCAUCGCAACUGUGUGUGUUAGGAUAUCGAUAUAUGAUAACUGCGUCUUCCAAGUGUAAACGUUUAGUAAAUAAUGUUUCAAUGAAAGUGCAUGAAAGAAUGUAUAAGACUGGCAAUGGAGAUCGUCUUCAGCAUUGGACAUCCUUGUUUGUGAUCAUUUUUACCACAGGGCGGUGGGCUCCAUCUCCCAGACAUGCCGUUAAACCAGAAGUGAAUGGGACCAUGCGCACCGCCAAGUGGUGUUAGCAGGAACUACAAACGGAACGCGGGUAACUUCUCAAGUUCUCAUUGACGAGCUGCCGCCUGCCUCACAGAUGGUCAUUUCUGUAGAGGCAACUGUCAGGCGUUGCCCAACGUGAGGCUGACGUCAUUUUGGGCGAACUUUAAAAUAAAUCCCAUUCCUCUCGCUACCUGACGAAGGUUUUUACAAUUCUUUCGUCCUUCACAAUGAUGGCAAACGAUGAUAUAAACAGCAAGAUCUUUUACGUCGAAGGACCAGAAGGACAGAGGGUUGUUAUUGUCCCUCCUGGAGUACCGAUCGAAGAAAAGGCAAAGAAGUUGGCGUGUUAUUAUUGCUGCUUCAUCUUUAUGGUUUUGAUGGCAUUCAUUUGUUUACUUUUGGGGAGCGUUUACGCUGGCAUCGACAUUAGUACUGCAAACUCAAUGGGUCAUGAGUAUGGACCUCUGACAUCCGUCGGCUUGAUCUUUUUGGCUAUUUGUGUAUUCUUCAUCGUCGUCAGCAUCAUAUGCUUUCGUAGAGCCGGGAGGACAAAAGCGAAUCAAGUCCUUCAGUACAUGCAUAGGGAUGAUCCCUGGGGUCGCUGGGCCACGGUGGCACGAGAUCGAGAAGAAUAUUAUGGGAUCGGUUACGAGAGGAGAGCCGUAGCACCCAAUUACUCUUUGUCGCACGACACCCCGACCCUGCUACCCUUGAAUCCCACAGGCCAUUCUCCCGGACUCCCGUAAUCACAAAUCAGCACCUUUCGUCACUGAGGGUUUGAAUUCUCUUCAACACGAGCAGCUAAUGAGACGAUUGGUUGAGGAUGUCCAUCAUCUUUGGAUCUUCCACCAAGAAACAGCCAGAAAAAACAGGCACUUUAAAUCCGCUUACAGUGAGCCAAGGUCCUUUCAAUAUCUAAAGGAACUUUAACCUUUACAGAACAAAAUUGUCCUGGAAAGUAAUCUCUGGCAUCUCAGCCAACAUCUCGUUAUAACCCUUUGGUAGAGAUAUUUAUUUUUUUCUUUCUUCAGAUAGUAACGAUUUCACUUACAGUUCAAGAACAGGCAACCGUGGCUGUUACAGGUGUUAAUCUAGAUGAAACUAACUUUUAGUUGUUUUAAAUUUGAUGUGUACAAGUUAUCGUCAGCCGUCAGUUUCUUCGUAGGAGAACUUAUUAAAAAUUAUUUUAAUUUUCACAGGUUUGAAACUUAACACAAUAUAACUUUGAGUUUAAAUAAAGUGGUCCAUCUUCUGAUUCAGUGGAACUAUGAAUAUGCUUAUUUCACAUCUUCUAAGAUGCAUUAGUCUCGGUAUAUUGAUAAGGAUGAUUGACCUUAGUUCUCAAAGACGUAAAGUGAAAAUGUUAACAAAGUAUCACGAAGUAUUUUACAAGUAUUAUUAUUUUCUAGGAAUAAAAUAAUUAGCAGGAAGUGGAACUAUUUUUUAAUAACUUUAUUUUAUCCAUUAUCUUUUUUAUUUGUAUUAUUAAAUGAAACCAAUGAAAUUAGAUAUAUUUCAUUCGGACACCACCUUACAAAAUUACAGCCAUAAUGUAAUAUAUUUACGAACACAAUUCUAUAUCUAAGAGACAAUUAAAACAGCUAUUUAUUGCUCUGUAAAAGUCUUGUGGGUCUCCAUCUUGGAUGAUAAUUGGGAUUCAGGUCCUUAGAGUUUUUAUAUAAUAUAAAAUCUAGGGAACUAAUCCCAAUUUCAAGACCCACCGGGUUUUGGAUGAAUGUUAACAAACGUGUUGUGCCCGGCUUAGUUACUCUAAUUUAACAUGAGUAUGCAUGAGGGUGCAUUCUUUAUUAUACAGAAUUAAUUUUGCAUUUCUGUGUAAUUAUGACGGGAGGUCCCGAUCUGCCUCUUGCUCGCUAUGAAAGUGUCGUAAGAAUUUGAGUUUGGCAGAAUGUAAUCUAUUCGUAAAAGGUUGUAUAGUUGUGUUUUCGUAAGUUUUCUGUGAAAAAGACAACGUGUAUAUAGAUAUUCGUAGUUUAUCAGCGUUCUGAUUACAGCUUGAGAAUUAGGGAAAAAUAGGGUAAUUUAAGACUAUAUUUUAUAUCCUUUCAAGAAAAAUUGGCAGACCUACUUACGUUUUUUUAUACACAACCUGAAAAUUCUUGCAAAGUUUUACACAGAUGUUGUACUUUUUUUAUACUUACAAUGAAUAUUCAUAUUCUCUCCUUAUAAUAUUUUCCUAUAAUUUUGUAUGCCGCAGCAAUUCUACAAAAUCUCUCAUGAAAAUUAAUCUUACCAUAUACCAGAAGCUACUGUUUUGAGCUAGUAUUUAUUUUUGUAUAAAAAUAAAUAAAGGUCUGCCUCGAA